UUUUCUUUAAGCAAAUAGAAAGCAUAACCCCUAAUUUCCCCUUAUUGGCGCUCACAGCCCUACCUCCAAAACCCCAAAACCCUGACUAACUUCAACAGAACACUCCCAGAGCCCAGAGGCACAGGAACCGUUCACAUUCUGCCGGCCAUGGCAAUACCUAGCGAAGCAGCAGCAGCCUUAGAAGACUUAAAUCGCCUUAAAUCGACUAACCCACCACUAUGGGUAGCACCAUCGCCUUCUCUGUCUCAAAAAGCACGCACGGCCUGUAAACAUAUCUUCUCUUCAAUAAAUCCCCAUGUCCCUAAAUCGCUCUUUGAUCAACUUCUAAUUGACGGGUUUGAUGUUGAGCAGAUUUGGCAGCAAAUUGACUUACAACCACGGCCGUUGCUGUCCACUUUACGCCGUCAAGUUUUGCACUUUGAGAAGAAUCCAGGGAAAAUUGGAGUAACUGGUGACAAGGUUUUCCAAGAAAAACAACGGUGUAGAAGAGGAGGUGAAAAAAAUUGACCGGGUCGGUAAUGGUGACGACGACGACAUGGAUAUGUAUGAAAUUGAUGAUGAAGAGGAGGAGGAGGAGGGUGGUGGUGAAGAGGAGGUAAGUGAAGAGGAAGAGAGUGGAGAAGAGGAGGGAGAAAAGGGAGUGGUAGAGGAUAAGUUUUUGAAGAUAAAGGAUUUGGAGGAUUUUUUGGAGGACGAGGAUGCCAAGGAAUAUGGAUUAGAUUCAAAGAAGAAUGACAAGAAAGACAAUUUAAUUGAGGAGGAUGACGAAGACGAGGAUGAUAAUGAAGGUGAGGGAGGAGAGGAUGACGAAGAUGAUGAGCUUGGGGUUUUUGGCGAUGGUGAUGAGGAAGAUGAAGAUGCAAGCAAGCAUGCAAGAUAUGAAGACUUAUUUGGCAGUAAAAGGAGAAAAAUCUUUAAAAGGAAGUCAAAAGAAGACUCAAGCUCAGACGAUGAACUUGAUGAUGAAGCAGUUGAUGAGAGAAAAGGUAGACUUUCAACCCAUGAAAAACAACUUCAGAAGCUUCAAUCUGAGAUAGAACAGAUGGAGAAAUCAAAUUUGGAGCCCAAAACUUGGACCAUGCAAGGAGAGGUAACUGCUGCAAGCAGACCCAAGAAUAGUGCACUAGAAGUUGAUGUAGACUUUGAACACAAUAUGAGGCCUGCCUCUGUAAUCACUGAGGAGGUUACUGCAACACUGGAAGAUAUGAUUAAGAAUAGGAUCAUUGAGGGACAGUUUAAUGGCAUUCAGAAGGCUCCUGGUUUACCCUCUAAAGCACCAAGAGAACUGAAAGAGUUGCAUGAUAAUAAGAGCAAGAAGGGUCUUGCCGAUGUUUAUGAGGAAGAAUAUGUUCAAAAGACAAAUCCAGCUGUUGCACCGUUAUCUUUCUCAGAUGAACAGAAGGAGGAGGCAAGUGUCCUGUUCAAAAAACUGUGCUUGAAGUUGGAUGCACUUUCUCACUUCCACUCUGCUCCCAAACCUGUCAUAGAAGACAUGUCUAUCCAAGCAAAUGUCCCUGCUCUUGCUAUGGAGGAGAUUGCACCCAUGGCAGUUUCAGAUGCAGCUAUGCUGGCUCCAGAGGAGGUUUUUUCAGGCAAAGGUGAUAUUAAGGAAGAAGCAGAACUUACGCAGGCUGAGAGGAAGAGGAGGAGGGCUAACAAGAAAAGAAAAAUUAAGGCUGAAUCGGUUAAAGGGACAGCUAAGAAGGCACAAGAGAACACAACACUAUACCACGAUGAUGGCAAGGAAGAAUAGUGACUUGUUUCAUCAUUAUAUGCAUGCACAAAGAGCCACGGAACCUUUUGAAGUUAUGGUUUCAGGUUUAGGACGGCCAGAUGGAGAGGAGAAACAGGAGAAGAGCGGUACCUUGCAGCACUGUAAGAUGCCUAUUUGUUUCAUGCUUUAAACAAGCACUGACGAGAAGAAAACUAUGCCAGAAGAACUAGAAAGAUUUGGGAUAUAGCUUGAAAGAAGCUCGGCGGGAAGUGGGCAACCAUAGGCUAUACCUUUUAUACUUUAGAAUUAGAAUUUAGAGUUGAAAAUGUUAUUCAACCUCUGAUCAAUGUUUGACACAUUAUUAUUGCAUUUUAUUGUCAUGGGGCUGGUUCUGUCUUGCAAUGUAAAAUAUGAAUCAGAAGUUAAGAGCAAGGAUGGAUGAUGAGAAGCAUUACCUGGAAGAA